UUGUUUAGCCCUGAGUUAGGGCAAUGGCGUUGAAGAGCAAAAUGGUUGUCGGUUUACAGUAUCGCGGAGACGUUGAUUAUCAGUAACGUGCGUUUGAGUCGGGCCGUGAGAUCAGAUCCGCGUUGGUGGCCACGUUCGAGUUGGAGUCUCAUGCUUGGAAAAGGACCGAGAUACGAUUCGAGGUGACGAUCGACGAUUUGACUCAACUCGCGUGUUUUCGUUUAGUGCCGAGGUGAAAAAUAAUGCUCCGAGUUUCCCGGGGGAUCUCGACUUUCCUUGACGGCGAGCCGGGCUCGUCGUGAUGCUUUUCAACUCGAUGCUUUCUGCCUUCCUUCCCCUCGAUUCUAAACCAGUGCGAACUAACUCUGUGCACAGUUCCUAAUUUUGGAUUUUUUUUUCUUUCUCUUCUACUACUUUUUUUAUUCUUUUGACUUUCCUUCGGCUCCGAUUCUCACGUCGACCUGCGUUUGUUGUUGAAUGAUGAGGUUGCUGUUUUAAUUAGACUGUUAAAAGACAAGACAAAAAAAUGGCUGAUACAAGAAGAAGAGUGAAACUUUAUGCACUCAACGCCGAAAGGCAAUGGGACGAUCGCGGAACUGGUCAUGUCUCAUCUAGCUACGUUGAGCGCCUUAAAGGGAUUUCAUUACUUGUCAGAGCAGAAGUUGAUGGAUCUCUUUUACUCGAGUCGAAAAUCCAACCAGACACUGCCUAUCAAAAACAACAGGACACGUUGAUUGUUUGGUCCGAAGGAGACAACUUCGACUUGGCUUUAAGCUUCCAGGAGAAGGCAGGCUGUGAUGAAAUGUGGGAAAAGAUCUGCCAGGUGCAAGGCAAGGACCCGUCGGUCGAGAUUACACAAGACAUCGUCGAAGAGUCAGAAGAUGAACGAUUCGACGAUAUGUCCGACACAGCGCCUCCAAUAGAACUCCCUCCAUGCGAGCUUGGAAAGCUUGAAGAAAUUUGUGAGCUGAUUGCAAGCUGUCUGCCCUCGCCGAUGAGAAAAGACAAGCUGGCGACUGCUUUAGAAACAGAGGGCUACAUUAAGAAGCUCCUCAAUCUAUUUCACAUGUGUGAAGACCUGGAGAAUAUUGAAGGCCUUCAUUUUCUCUAUGACAUAUUUAAAAAUAUUUUCCUUUUGAACAAAAAUGGACUCUUUGAAGUCAUGUUUGCCGAUGACACAAUAUUUGAUGUGGUGGGUUGUUUAGAGUACGAUCCUUCAUCAGCGACUCCCAAGAAACACAGGCAUUAUUUAAGAACAAUGUCCAAAUAUAAAGAAGUGAUACCUAUAUCGAACCAUGAACUACUGUCGAAAAUACAUCAGACUUAUCGUGUUCAGUAUAUACAGGAUGUUGUGCUACCCACGCCUUCAGUAUUUGAGGACAACAUGCUUUCAACAUUGUCAAGUUUUAUUUAUUUCAAUAAGGUUGAAAUUGUCACAUUAAUUCAGGAGGAUGACAAACUCCUGAGUGACAUACUAGGACUUAUUACUGAUGAAUCAACAACACCUUUGAAAAGAAGGGAUUUAGUUUUAUUUCUAAAAGAAUAUUGUAAUUUUUCCCAAAAUUUGCAACCACACGGUAAAGAGACAUUUUACAAGACACUAUCUUCAUUAGGAAUUUUACCAGCCCUUGAAAUCACACUCUCCUGUGAUGAUAUACCGACAAAAAUGGCCUCAAUAGACAUUCUGACAUACUUUGUCGAAUUCUCGCCGUCGGUCGUGAGAGAACAUACGCUACAACAAACACAAAACUCGGAUGAUGAAUUGGUGCUGCUAAAUGUGAUAUUGGAACAAAUGAUGUGCGACACAGAUCCCGAAUUGGGGCGAGCUGUCCAACUAAUGGGAAUCUUGCGAAUACUCAUCGACCCGGAAAACAUGAUGACAUCCAUCAACAAGGGCGAAAAAGCAGAUUUCCUCAAUUAUUUUUACAAACAUAGCAUCCACAUAUUAAUCGAACCCCUGUUACAAAAUACAGCCGAUGGAGUUUUAGCGAAGGAUGACUACAGGACAGUUCAACUUUUAGGUCUUAUUCUUGAACUCUUGUCAUUCUGUGUCGAGCAUCACACUUUUCACACAAGAAAUUGUAUUAUAAAUAAGGAUCUUCUCAGAUGUAUUUUGGUACUAAUGAAAUCUUCGCACACCUUCCUCGUUCUUUGCGCUUUAAGAUUUAUGAGGAAAAUUAUUGCACUAAAAGAUGACUUUUAUAAUAGAUACAUUAUAAAAGGUAAUUUAUUUGCGCCUGUGAUCGAUGCAUUUAUCCGGAAUAACGGCCGGUACAAUCUGCUAGACUCAGCCGUUUUAGAAAUGUUUGAAUUUAUAAAACUUGAGGAUAUUAAAACAUUAAUGUCUCAUGUUGUUGAAAACUAUGGCAAGGUUUUGGACGAAAUUGACUAUGUACAAACAUUCAAAGGUUUGAGGAUACGAUACAACCAACACCAGGAUAAGUUGAAAGAUAGAGAAAAGCCAACAUUGGAUAGUGUCCCAUCAAUACUAAGGAAUAACAUGUUAUGGAGAGAACCCAGGCAGUUGGAUGAAGAGGAGGAGAUGUGGUUCAACGAAGAUGAUGAUUUUGAUGAGGGUGAGGCUGUUGUCCCUGCCGCCAGCAAUAUUAUCAACAAGAAAGCGACACAAGAGAUUGAUUCAAUUGGCAAAACACUGGACAAGAAAAAUGAAGGUAGCAGUGGUAAAACAUUCACCAACAGUGGCAAGUCACUUAUAAACAACAACCUCAAUCUGAACUCAGCUCCGCUUAGUCCUGUCCAGUCAGAUGCAAAGUGUACAGCAUUAUUCAAAAAGGGCCUGGUGGACUACGAGGGCGAUUCAGAUGAAGAGGAAGAGGAAAGCAGUGAUCUCUUGUCACCAUCAAAACGGCCAAGGUUCUCAUAAGUAUACGUGUGCGAAAUUGUGCAGCUUUUGAUUGCCAUUUGACAGAAUGCCCAACCAUCUGUACAACAACUCCUGUCCCCGUACACGGAUGCAUAUACUAGGCUUGAGUCACACUUACAAAACAAAUAGCAUCAACCCUCUAACGGCCAGGGGGCUAAACCCUCGGGUCAAGCGCUGAACGUUGACCACCCAGUACACAUAUAUGGACCCUAUUUAUUUCAUUUCAGUUUACAACAAAUUUUAAAAUGUUUAAUUUUAACUUGUUCGUUAACUUGAUAGUUAAGGUGAAAGAAGGCACAAAAAAAGCUGAUUUCUUCUUUGGUGCAAUAAACAUUGCACUUUUAUUACGUUGUACAGAAACUUGUUUUACAUUGUUUGUACAUCAAUAUAUAAAAAAUUAAUAAAAUUAGAAUAUAAGUUUUUACAGUUAUUUAUUCUCUUACCACAACAUUAUAAAAUGAAAAAAUGAUAAACUUUAUUUACUUAAAAUUGUAUAUCUGAUUUUGAUAUGUAUAUUUUAUAUCAUACGUUUUAGUUGUUUGUGCUAAAAUGUUUUUGAGCAAAUUGGUACACUUAUAUCUGUAAUUACAAUAGGUAAUAAAAAAUGUAAUAUACCAAAAUGUAAAGCAAUCUGUUUUGCUGAUAAUCAUUUAUGAAUAAACUAAGAAAUUAGUCUUAGUUAUAAGUGUUGGAUCAGUUUGUUUUGCUGUUAAUUCGGCACAACAAGCAAAAAUUGAUAACAAAGUGGACUAUGAAUCGGUAUGUACUUCUCUUUGAGCUCAAAUUUUCAAUUAAUAUUAUAAUUAUUAUUAUCAUCAAUCUCUGCAAUAAUUGUGGAGGAAGGAGAGAGGUAUAUUGUGCGUUUAAAUUAUUGAAAGUAUUUUUUACCACAAAUACUCACCAUGUAAAUAAAGUUCUAUUGUAAUUUGUACGAGUUGUGAUGAAUGUUCAGGCACAAUAACAAAAUUGGCCUGUUUAUACGAGUGAGAGGGACAAGAAUGAAAGAGUGCUAUGGUUGGUGAACUUUAUAUUUGAAUGUCUCUGUGUUGGUGUUAAUGUUAGGUAAUUUGGGAAAAAAAAUUUAAAGGAACAUAUAGUAAAAUUAUAUAUUCAGGUUGUGUAAGUGUGUAUUAAUGUAUAGGAAAGAUCUUGGAACAAUUUAUUUCUAUCGAGUAUAUAUGUACAUCUUAUUUUUAAAAAAUUGCAAUAAAAUUAAAAUUUUUAAAUUAGGUGCAAUGUCUACUAUAAAUGACACUUGAAAGAGGUCCCUUAUUUAUUUAAAAGAAAACAAAAUGGAGCCACUUUUUAUUAUCAUUUAUAGUGUGUAUUGUACUGUUGUUAUUAAAUUGUAAUCUCUUACAAACAGACUGUUUAUAAACGGUCUUAAAAAUAAAAUACAGAGGGGAUUCAGUAAGUUAUUGGCUAACGAUAAUGAGAACAGCUUGUAGGAGAUGCUGUCUUGAGAUACGAAGUAAAUUGCUCCAAGUGGUAUCGUCCAGGACCCAAAAAAAAAAAAAAAAACAGUUUAAAAUGUUCAAUUUUAAAUUGAUGUGUACAUAGGGUUUAUUCAUUAUGAAUGACAAGUUGGGUUUUUAAUUUGUAAAGUGAAUAAAAGCUACUUAUAUGUUUAAUUCAA